CUCUAUUACAAAUAUUCAUGCUUGCAUAAAAAAGAAGGGAAAAAAAAAAAGUUUCACUUCUUGCAUUCAAAAAUCUACAUCAACAUUCUUUCCGACAUUCAACACCCCGCCAUGUCUGAAGAAAGCAAAAACAACGAUCUCGGCCUCUCAGCAUCUCUUGCCAACACCGCUUUAUUUGACAAGUCCCACCAAGCUCAGGAUACACCUACGGAUGGACCUCUUUUCCAAGAUAUUGAUGGUGACCAACGAGUCACCGAGAUCGAGUCACUGUGCAUGAACUGCCAUGAGAGUGGAACAACUCGUUUACUGUUAACUAGAGUGCCUCACUUCCGCGAGGUAAUCAUCAUGGCAUUUGAUUGCCCACAUUGUGGCUACAGAACUAAUGAGCUGCAGCAGGCAAAUGCGGUCGCUGUUGGAGGCGCUAUCUACACCUGCAAGGUCACUACCAAAGCAGACCUCAACCGCCAGCUCGUCAAGACUAAUACCGCAGUUGUCAAAAUUCCCGAAAUUGAUUUUGAAAUCCCUGCCCAACGGGGACACCUAACGACGAUCGAAGGUAUUCUGCAAACAGCUAUAGACGACCUGGGAAGUGACCAACCUGUGCGCAGGCAUAUGGAUGAAGCUCUAUAUCACCAGAUCGACGGCAUUAUCAAGAAGCUUCAGGACUGUGCCGAGAACAAAUUUCCAUUCACCAUUAUUCUGGAUGAUCCAGCUGGGAACUCUUAUAUUGAAUCAUUAGACGCCCCAAAACUCGAUUCAAAACUGGAUCUCUCUGUGUAUAUGCGUACACGCGCUCAGGAACGUGCCAUGGGACUUUCUGUGCCUGAAGAUGAAGACGAAAACGAGAAGAUUAAAGAGACUGAGGAGACUGAGGAGGCUGUCCCUGUGCCCAUGACUAAAGAUCAGCAGAUCGAGCAUGCUCAGAGACAGCUAUGGGAAGCGGGACUAACGGAGACUGACCUACAGAAAGAACGUGAGGCAAAGAGUCAAGCUGCUAUUGUUGAAGGCAAGGAUCCUAAUCUCUCUGAAGAUGAGGAAGAGCUUCCUGAUGUUCUUUCUUUCCCAGCCAACUGCUCCUCCUGCAACGCACCUAGUGAUACAAAAAUGCAUAUAUUGGACAUUCCACAUUUUAAAGAAGUCAUUAUCAUGUCGACUACUUGCGAUCACUGCGGAUAUAAGAGCAACGAAGUCAAGGCAGGGGGCCCUGUCAGCAAAAAUGGGAAGCGUAUCAUACUUAAAAUCGAGGAUACUGAAGAUAUGAGCCGUGACAUUCUCAAAUCCGAAACUUGUGGAUUGUCCAUUCCUGAAAUCGACCUGGAGCUAAAAUCUGGUACUCUAGGCGGCCGCUUCACCACAGUGGAAGGUCUAUUGAGACAGGUUCAUGAAGAACUAUCAAGCAAGGUACCUGCAGAAUCGGAAAAUCAACCUGACCGUCGUCGUGUAUUUACAAAGUUCUUGGACAAACUUGAGCAGGUCAUGUCACUUGAGAUUAAAAGCACUCUGAUUCUUGAUGAUCCUCUUGGCAAUUCAUAUCUUCAAAACCUGUACGCCCCUGAGCCAGACCCUGCUAUGACUAUUGAGGAAUACGAACGUACAUUUGAACAAAACGAGGCAUUAGGGCUGAACGACAUGCGCCUAGAGAAUUAUGAGGGAGAUGUGGAUGAUGCCAGGUCAGCACACCAUGAAGCUGAACAUCAUGGUGAAGAAGAUGGAUUAACAGAAGAACAGAAAGAGGCUGAAGAGACCUCGGGAGGUGGUGUCUCAGGUGGUCAUUAAUAUAGAAGACGUGAUGUUUUAGGGCAGUGUAGGGAGAGUGCAGAAGCUGUGAAGCAAAGUCAGCAGAUGUAGAUUAAAUUUCAUUAUGAACUAUAAAAUAAAGCAAGCAUCACCAAGGUAG